AAAAACGACGUGCGUGACGUCGCGGCGUGGGGCUUCGCUGGUUUCCUCAAACCAAACCACUCAACUGAUAUCGUGUGAUUAAAAAAAAACAAAAAACUGGAAGUCGACCGGCCGACGAGGGGGCUGUUCAGUCAGGCAGAAAGGGGGAACGCACGCGGACCAGGGGGCCCUCGUCGUCCGAAGCAAACGCGCUCGUUUGUGUUGAAACGUGUCCUUUUUUUGUUGGUUUUUUUUAAGCGAAGAAGACGGCGAAAAACCCCUCUCUCUCUUUCACACCCACCGAAGCCGGGGGGUUCUUUUUUCUUUUUGUGUCAAAGCUCAACCCCCACGUUGCAUUUAGGACUCUGAAGCAAAAACAAAUAACAUAAACGGGAUUAACAACAACGCCAGCUCGCGCUGCUGUGCCUGGUCAUCGAUAGUACAUGGAUUAUCUGUGUUUCCGGGCACUGUGCUGUAAAGGACCGCCGCCGCCGAGACCGGAGUACGAUGUGGUGUGCAUCGGCCUGACGGGCGCCGGCAAGACCAGCCUGCUGUCACGGCUCUGCAGCGAGGGCAGCGACGGCAUCGGCCCGACAACAGGUUUCAGCAUCAAGGCAGUGCCGUUUCCAAAUGCCAUCCUGAAUGUAAAAGAACUCGGAGGAGCAGACAACAUCAAGAAGUAUUGGAGUCGUUACUACCAGGGGUCACAGGGUGUCGUCUUCGUAUUGGACAGUGCCUCGUCGGAUGAGGACCUCGAGGCCGCCCGCAACGAGCUCCACUCGGCCCUGCAGCACCCGCAGCUGUGCACACUGCCUUUCCUCAUCCUCGCCAACCACCAGGACAAGCCUGCAGCACGGGCGCCAAACCAGGUCAAGAAGUACUUUGAGCUGGAGCCGCUGGCCAGGGGGAAGCGCUGGAUCCUGGAGGGCAGCACCGCCGACAACCUGGAGGCCGCGAAGGAGAGCUUCGGUCAGUUCAUCGGGCUGCUGGAGGACAAAGACACGGAGCCUGCGAGGAUAUGACGCUCGCACUGCUGACGCUCAGAGACAUUGGCGGCCGGCGGCGGCCAACACCCCCACCUGGCCUGCGUACACACACGCGUGCUCUCAUGCACGAGCACAAACAUGCACGCACGUAAAGUAAAGUCAAGUAACGCCUCUUCCCCCCCCCCAACCCCCCACUGUGCUCUCGAUUUUGUUCAGAUCGAAAAGAGAAAGAGCGCGCGUGUGUGUUUGUUUGUGUGUGUUUGUGUGUGUGUGUGUGUGUGUGUGUGUACGACAUGUCAGCCGCUGCAACCCGACAGAGGAGCGCUGCCGUUAAAACCCACCCUGACGUAUCGCGGUUUCGUCAAGAAAAGUCAUUGAACUUUUGCUAGAAAUGGGAAAUCUUGUUUACUACUACGGUCUGUGCCCCUGUGAUUAAACCAGUGGCACGUGGGACACUAAUGCACACAUCACUCACUCUGACACACACACACAUAAAGAGGAGCCCAGGUUGUCUGUAGAUUAUGUUUAACAUCUUCAGUGAUGACUUUACAGGAUGUGUGGGCGGGGCUCGGCGAGGCUCCCUCCACUGAGGGGUGCUGUGUGGCUGUCCGGCGUGUGCUUCUCCUCCUCUUUCCACUCGGAUCAGUAGCGUAGCGGUGUGUACGCCGCGUCUGAAUAUCUAGUCCGAAUAGCGUAGUCCGAGUGCGUCUCGAGGAGUAUUGUGUGUACGGCCGUGCAGCCGUACGCACGCAAGUACUGCCAGUCACGUGGCCAAGUGCGGAAAGUCUAAAUGCUUUUUAUAAAUGUGCAAUUUAGGAUAACGCGUAGAGCUACGUUCAGAUUUCUUUCCUUUUUUUUUUUAUACCUCGUACCACACUUGUGACUUCUUUCAAAUCAAAGAUCCCCACCACGGUGAUUGGCAGUAGCCACGAGAUGGAGAAAUGUGAUUGUUUCUUUUCAGUGUUCAGCAAAAUGUCACGUUUGUCUUUCUACAAAUCUACUGUAAUUUGUUUCUUUUUCUUUCUUUUUUUAUUUGACACAAUCCCUCUCAACACCGGCGAGUGACUCCAGUCUCCCAUCGGGGUGGAAUACAAACUCCAUCAAUCAGCCACAGCAACAGCUGCAUCUGACAAGUCCCUGUCCGACACCCUAAUGCCUUCCAACUGUCCGCGAAGACCCUCCCCGUCUGCUGUUGAUCGCAGACCCCCGUUUAGUUUUUAAUCCCGGAUGCCCCCGUGUGGGCUCCACACCUCUGAAAAGAGUCUCUGUCGUCGUGCCACAGGUGUGCGCUCGUCCCAGAGAGGCACUCGGUAACGGAUAAUGUUCACGCCCCUUUCCGUGUGUGCUUUGUCUUUCCGUUGUUGUUGUUGUUGUUUAUGUCAGUAUUUGGUCAGGUUUUUAGAGAUUGAUCACUUGUUGUACCUGACGCAAGGUAGUUUUUUCUUUUUUUGGAUGGAUCGGUGCAUUUGAUAAAUCAUUGGACUUUGCAUAUUAUCUGCCCACAAAUAGCUUUUUAAACAUUCACUGCAGUCUCGUUUUCUUUUUCUUUUUCUUUUUCUUUAUUUCAAUCAAAUGUUUUGUCAAAAAUGGCAAUUAAAGUUUUAAAAAUGUGA